AUGAAGUACAUUCUCCUUUGGACAAAUCCCAAAAACAAACCAGAAGAAAACGCCGAUAGAACUUUGUUGUUCUCAAGGAGAAACUGCGCUUGGAACAAUUGUUAUUUGACUGAGGAACGUAAGCUAAUUGGUAAUUUUUCUAAAUAUAGUAUCAUUCUUUUCAAAGCAGCUGAUAUGGAAUAUAUUCAGAAUUCACUGGAUCUUCCUAAAAAGAGAUAUCCGAAUCAGAAGUACGUUUUUGUAAGUGAAGAUUUUGGUGCCUCAUAUUCCACAUGUGGACGACAGUGGGACGGAUUUUUCAAUUGGACGUGGACGUACAAAUUAGAUUCUGAUUUAAUUUGGAAUUAUUUCGUAAUUAGAGACGUUAACGGUAAAAUUAUAGGGCCGAAGAAAAAUAUGAAUUGGCUAAAACUUAGAGACAUGAAACCAGUAGACAGCAAAUUCAUAAUGAAUUUACGUUCUAAAACGAAAGUAGCGGCGUGGUUUACUUCAAACUGCAAGACACAGAGCCUCAGGGAGAUAUUUGUAAAUGAAUUGCAAGUGUACCUUGAUGAAUAUAACCUAGAAGUAGAUAUAUAUGGAGGAUGUGGUAAAUACCGAUGUCCUAAAAUACUAAUGAACAGAUGUCUGAAAAUGGUGGAGAGAGAAUAUUAUUUUUAUUUGGCAUUUGAAAACUCUUUAAGCCAAGAUUACGUCACGGAUAUUAUCCUGCAUGCUCUGAAUCAUAACACCGUGCCUGUUGUGUUAGGCGGAGCGAAUUAUACCAGAUUCAUGCCAGAUGGAGCGUAUUUGAAUGCCUUAGAGUACGGACCAGAGAGACUGGCCAGAAGAAUGUUCGAGGUCAUGCAAAACCUAUCGGUGUACCAAAGGUUUUUCAGAUGGAAACAACACUAUUCCUACCACGCGCAUGACGAGGUUCCUGAUACGGACAACUACUGUCGUUUAUGCGCCUUGGUUAACGACAGGAAAGCAUUUAACACAUUUUCUUUAAAAAAGAACUUUACUGAUUGGUGGAUGCCGAAAGGGUGUUUGGAGAAAUAG